AUGCCCCCUGACGUGGUUCAAUCCGACACCGAAUGUUAUAUGCACGAGACACAGAGCAAGUUGAUAAAUGCAAAAUGCUUCAAUAACCCGAAGAAAUCACUCUCAAGAACAAAGGAAAGCAGGCAUUUUGUUCCCGGCGGAAAGAAGAAAGCUAAACGCUUGAUCGAUUUCAUGUGGUAUAUAUUCCAUAAUUAUGUACUCCAUACUCCGUACAUUGUGAGGAUAUGGAAGUAUGGUGUCCACUUCCCCAGACCCAUCAUCCAGGUUCUCUGCAUCACAACGAAAAGCCUAAACAUCUUCAUCACCCUGUACGAUGGACGAGCACUUUUGGGUAAUUUGGCAAAGUGA